AUGGAGGGAGUGGCGGCUAAGCUGGUGGGGGUGCGGCCCGCCGCAUACCACAAGGUGUGGGACGACCGGAAGACGGGCAGCAAGCCACACCACGUGUCGUUCUGGAGGCCAGUGCCUCCGCGCGGCUUCCACCGCGUGUCCGACCUUGCCCAACGCACGCACGAGAAGGAGCCCGCUCAGAUGGCCCGCUGUCUGGUAGUAGCGGCCCACGGCAGCGUAGCCGACGGGUCGUCACCCGUGUUGCGCCCGCCCGUGGACUACACGUGCGUGUGGACCGACAAGCGCUCGGGAGGACGCUACGGCAAUUGCUCUCUCUGGGUUCCGGUGGCGCCAGAGGGCUACUGCGCGUUGGGGUGCGUGGCGGUCGUGGGGUACGAGAAGCCGGGGCUCAACGAGGUCAUGUGCGUGCACAGUAGCCUCUGCACACCCGCCGGGGUCGUGAGCGAAGAUCCGACCGGGCCUCUGUGGAAGGACGCCGGCUCCGGAUCGGUCAAUGACGUCAGCAUAUGGACCAUGGCGCCGCUAGAGAUAGGCGAGGGAAUCUCGAUUGACUCCUUCCUGGCGGUGCCGCACCACGGCACCAAGGUCAACCCCGCCCAUCCGUUCGCCUUCUGCGGGCUCUACUGCAUCUCCACGAGCGCCAUCAUCAUCGAGACCCCCCAGUCUCCCCUCGUCGCCGCCAUCGCCGCUGCCGCUGCCUCCGCUACUGCCACCACCGCCGCAUCUUCCGCUGUCUCCACGUCGACGUCGGCUUCGAUGUGCACUUUCGGCGGAUUCGCCUCUGCGCUGGCGUCCCUCGCGGCCCCGGCGACUGCGCCGCUUCUGCCGUUCGGGGUGGACCCUGCCACCCUUCCCCUGGAGCGCGACGACGCCACGGGUCUGACGGUGCCCAGGGGUCUGGUGGCCCUGCGGCGGCUCUUCUACGCCAUGAACGGACACAUGGAGGAGGGCAUCUUCCGCAUCGCCGGCUCGGAGACGGAGUGUCAGAAGAUGCAGGCCAGCCUCAACAAACCGAGGAACGUGGACAAGCAGGGCAACUUCAGCUUCGACGUGUUCCCCAACGACGUGCACGCCGUGUCUUCCCUCAUCAAGCGCUGGUACCGGGAACUGCCGGUGCGUCUGCUGGCCGGCAGUGCCGCGUGCGUCGCGGACCUGUCUGGUCGCCUCGCCGCCGCGGACGAUCGCGCGGUGCUGCUCGAGGAGAUCAGAGGCUUUCCCGAUAGCCUGCCGCCCCUGCAGAAAGACCUCUUCCUCUUUCUCAUGGGCCUCGGGCGCGACGUAGCCCGCAAUUCGGCCGUUAACAAGAUGGUCCCGCGCAACAUCGCCGUCGUGUUCGCGCCCAUGCUCGUGGAGCGAACGUCCCCCAUGGAGGAGAUGAUGCGCACCUCCGAGAUCAUGCUCUUCCUCGUGGCCUGCCUCGAGCUGCCCGAGCCAUGA